AUGACUGACUCGGACACCUCACGGUUCGAGGUGCUCGAGGAAGAGACGCACUUCCCUGUGACGCGCCCCCAAAGUACCGGGAAGAAGAUGGCAGAGAAUGAAGGGAACGAAGCAAGCGAAGAUCUGGCAGCAGGCGAGACGCUGGAGCAGCAGCUGGCCCGACUUAUGCUGAGCGUCCAAUUGGACGACAAUUCCGACGCGCCAUCGGAUAUUGCUGAAAAUUGCACGGAAAAUGUCAAAAAAGCUUCUGCAGCGAAAGAACUUGGAAAUAAAUUUUUCGCUCGUGGCAGUUACUUGGACGCUAUUGAGUGUUACACGACGGCACUUAAGCUCUGCCCUUCUGAAGAAGAGUAUGCGUACAACAGGGCUGUGUACUUCAGCAACCGAGCCGCUUGUCUCUUGCGGAGUGGACGGACGGAAGAGUCCAUUGAUGACUGCACAGAGGCAGUGACGCUGUCGCCUACUUAUGUGAAGGCUCUUUUACGACGAGCAGAAGCUUUUGAGAAGAUGGACAAACUGGAAGAGGCGGUUGCUGACUACGACGCGGUGCUGAAGAUCGAUGCGACGGUUCCUGCGGCUGUGAAGGGCCAUGACCGGUUGAAGACGAUUGUGCAGGAACGUCAAGAGAAGAUGAAGGCGGAGAUGCUGGACAAGCUCAAGGGCUUUGGGAACACGAUCUUGGGCAAAUUUGGACUGAGCACCGACAAUUUCCAGAUGGUACAGGAUCCUUCGACAGGAUCAUACAGCAUAAACUUCCAGCAGAAUCCGGGGCAGCCAGACCAGCCCCAACAACAUGGCAAGUAG